AUGGAACUGGAAAUGGAGCUCAUCAGUAUGAAUUCUCCCUAUGAUGUGAUUGUUGACAAAGAAAGAGAUAGUCUCAUUAUCUGCGAUUUGGGGAAUAAAAGAGUAGUUCGAUGGCCUCGUCGAAAUGGUACUGGUGGAGAAACACUCAUAUCCAACAUCUCUUGUAUGGGUUUGACAAUGGACGAGAAUGGAUCUCUCUAUGUCACUGACAAUGGAAAACAUGAAGUGAGACGAUAUGGAAGUGGUGACACUGAAGGAACAGUGGUUGCAGGUGGAAAUGGAAGUGGAAAUCGUCUCGAUCAACUCUCUAACCCUUGCUAUAUAUUUGUCGAUCGAGAUCAUGCAGUUUACGUGUCUGAUCAUUCCAAUUAUCGUGUGAUGAAAUGGGAAGAAGGUGCAAAACGAGGCAUUGUCGUAGCCGGUGGUAAAGGAGAAGGAAAUAGUCUUUCACAACUGGCAGAUCCUAUGGAGUCUUUGUUGAUCAAUUGGGCACUGUCUAUGUGGCUGAUUGUUAUACUCAUCGAAUCAUGCGUUGGCCAAAAGGAGCCACACAGGGAAGUGUCAUUGCUGGUGGAAACGGCGAAGGAAGACGGUCGAAUCAAUUGA